AUGCGCUCCUUGCCUUUGCUUUGCCUUUGUUGCCUUCUUCCUGCACACGCUUUGCAGGGCAGCGACGACGACGCUGCUUCUGCGAAGUCCUUGUUUCUGCGUCUUGACACCAACAGCGACGGCGCCGUCGACCAGGAGGAGCUGGUGAUGUGGAUGAUGUCGCAGGAUCCUGAGAUGGCUCACGAGGAUGCCUUGGAGGAGGCGAGCUCCGCCUUCGAAGCCUUCGACGAAGACAAGAACGAGAAGUUUUCGCAGGACGAGUUCACUCAAGCAGUGUCGACCAUGGAAAGCCUCAACGACCAUGAUCGGAAUGAGGAGGAAGAAGAUGACGAACUGGAGAAAGCGCAGGAGCACUGA